AGAGGAAACAUAAUAUCGUAAUGUCAAACGUCAAACAAAAUUGUACUGUCAAUUAUGUUUAAUGCAGAAGUGUUUGAAAUAAUUCAUAUAACUUAUUAAAAUGGGGCUUUUUGGUAAAUCACCGGAAAGAAAUCCUAAAGAAAUGGUAAAUGAAUGGACUCACAAAUUGAGGAAGGAAAGCUAUCAAUUGGAUCGACAAAUACGAGCAAUACAGCGUGAAGAAGAAAAAGUUAAGAGAUCAUUAAAAGAUGCCGCAGCUAAAAAUGAUAAACAAGUUUGCACAAUUUUGGCCAAAGAGGUGAUUAGAUCUCGAAAAGCUAUAAAUAAAAUACAUACUAGUAAAGCACAUCUGAAUUCAGUACAACUCCAAAUGAAGAACCAAUUAGCUACUUUACGUGUUGCUGGCUCAUUAUCAAAAUCUACUGAGGUAAUGCAAGCAAUGCAAGCAUUAGUAAAAUUACCUGAAGUUGCCGCAACGAUGAGGGAUUUAUCCAAAGAAAUGAUGAAAGCUGGUAUUAUUGAAGAAAUGAUGGAAGAGACAAUGGAUAGCUUGGAAGAUCAAGAUGAACUUGAAGAUGAAGCGCAGUCUGAGAUUGAUAAGGUCCUGUGGGAAUUAACUGCUGGCAAAUUGGGAGAGGCCCCAGCUCCGCCCAUUGCAGAAGCAGGACCUUCAGAAUCCAAAGAAGCUGAUAAUGUACCAGAAGAAGAUUUAGAAGAAAUGCAGAGUCGCCUGCAAGCCUUACGAUCAUAGUUUCAUCAUAUAAAUGAAACAGUUUUUAAUUUUUAUGAAAACAAAUGCUUGAUAUGUUAAUUUUAAUGCUGCUACAAGUAUUUUUCUAAGCAUAUAUUUAUAAAUUAUAUGUUGUAAAUAUUUAAUUAAACACAGUUUAAUAUCUAUAUUUAUUUUCUAUCUAUCUAUAUACUGUACACACCAGAUUAAAGGUAUUGCACUGUGGCCCAAUAAAAGAUACUAACGCUUAUAGCUUUU